UCUGUCACCAAUACUUCCUCUCAUAUAUAAACAACCCCCCUUUUUACUCAUUUUUUCCUCUCAAUUCUCACUUCCUUUACCUCCGUUCUUUUGCCGUCGUAUUUUUUUUUCCAGAGAUUUGUUCUUUUCGCUUCUUUCGUUAUGGGGAAGAUCAAGAUCGGAAUCAACGGAUUUGGAAGGAUCGGGCGUUUGGUUGCCAGAGUUGCUCUCCAAAGUGAAGAUGUUGAGCUCGUUGCUGUUAACGAUCCUUUCAUCACCACCGAUUACAUGACCUACAUGUUUAAGUAUGACAGUGUUCACGGUCAAUGGAAGCACCAUGAGCUUAAGGUGAAGGACCCAAAAACCCUUCUCUUUGGUGAAAAGCCUGUCACUGUUUUCGGCAUCAGAAACCCUGAAGAAAUCCCUUGGGGUGAGACUGGAGCUGAUUAUGUCGUUGAGUCUACUGGUGUUUUCACUGACAAGGACAAAGCUGCUGCCCAUUUGAAGGGUGGUGCAAAGAAGGUAAUCAUCUCUGCUCCCAGUAAGGAUGCUCCCAUGUUUGUUGUGGGUGUCAAUGAGAAGGAAUACAAGCCUGACCUUCACAUUGUAUCCAAUGCUAGCUGCACUACCAACUGCCUUGCUCCAUUGGCUAAGGUCAUCCAUGACAAAUUUGGCAUUGUUGAGGGUCUUAUGACCACUGUCCAUUCGAUUACUGCUACUCAAAAGACUGUUGAUGGUCCAUCAAUGAAGGACUGGAGAGGUGGUAGAGCUGCUUCGUUCAAUAUCAUUCCUAGCAGCACUGGAGCUGCCAAGGCUGUUGGCAAAGUGUUGCCAUCAUUGAAUGGCAAGCUGACUGGAAUGGCAUUCCGUGUUCCCACAGUUGAUGUCUCUGUGGUUGACCUCACGGUUAGGCUUGAGAAGAAGGCUUCUUAUGAAGAUAUCAAGGGCGCUAUCAAGGCGGAAUCUGAAACUAAUUUGAAAGGAAUUCUUGGCUACGUAGAUGAAGACUUGGUAUCGACUGACUUUGUUGGGGACAGCAGGUCAAGCAUCUUUGAUGCCAAGGCUGGCAUUGCAUUAAAUGACAAUUUUGUUAAGCUUGUCGCGUGGUACGAUAACGAAUGGGGUUACAGUUCUCGUGUGAUCGACUUGAUCCGGCACAUGGCUUCUGCGUAAGUGAGUGAUUUUGGUGAACCAAACUCAUUUCAUAAUGGACUUUUUAAUAAUAGCCUCGUUCUUCUGCUUUAGCAAAAUAUAGAAGAGAUGCUAUGGGAAUAAUAAUAGAAAUUGCUCGGGAUUCUGGGAGUUUCUAAUUUUACACUGUAAUUGUGUUCUGUCUGAAACACUUGUAAUAUAUGUCAAAACCGUUUUUUGAAAACAAAAA